CAACUCGAGAAAGCAGGAGGCCAUUCACUAGCCUGUUUUAGCUACUGUUAGCUAGCCGGCGGCUAACGAGCAAGCUAAAACACCACUUUGGCUUCAUGUCGCCCGUUUUAUUAAGUGAUGGCAAGAGAACAGUGUUCACAAACCGAGGCUGAAUUAUACUACCUCAUCACCAGAUUUCUUCAGUCCGGACCCUGUAAAAAAGCAGCACAGAUUCUGGUUGAGGAGCUGGAGGAGUAUGAGUUGAUCCCGCAACGAUGGAGUUGGGACGGGAAGAAAUACAAACGGACCUUUCAGGACUGGGUGAUUUUGAACCAGCACAUUCCUGCAGAUUAUCUGCUUCGAGUUUGUCAGCGGAUUGGUCCGCUGAUAGAAAAAGAGAUCCCACUUAGUGUUCCUGGAGUCCAAACCCUCCUGGGGCUGGGUAGACAGUCUUUGCUCCGCACCACCACAAGUUGUACCCACAAAGUAUGCUGUGGCUCAGCUGUUGCUGCACUCCACCGAGGACGUCCCCCCGAACCCCCAGUCAACAAUGGAAAUGCUCUCAACGUUGCGACCAUCAUGGGUGCUCGCCAGUCCACGGGUACGGCUCGUUUUGGCCAAGCCCUGCCGUCUUCCUCCUACCAACACAUGAAGAUACACAAACGUAUCCUCGGCCACCUUUCUUCAGUCUACUGUGUAGCUUUUGACCGUACAGGCCGUCGGAUAUUUACAGGUUCAGAUGACUGCCUUGUGAAAAUCUGGGCCACCGAUGACGGCCGGCUCCUGUCAACACUCCGCGGCCACUCGGCAGAGAUCUGCGACAUGACCGUGAACUACGAGAACAGCCUCAUCGCCUCAGCCAGCUGUGACAAAGUCAUCAGAGUGUGGUGUCUGCGCACCUGUGCACCCAUCGCCGUUCUUCAGGCCCACGCUUCCUCCAUCACGUCCAUACAGUUUUGUCCUGCAUCCAAAGGGACAAAGCGAUACCUCGCCUCGACGGGUGCAGACGGCAUGGUGUGUUUCUGGAAGUGGCAUUCCCUCAGUAUGAAGUUUGAUGAUCAACCUGUCAAGUUUGUUGAGCGGUCACGGCCAGGAGUCCAAGUCUCCACUUCCUCCUUCAGUAGUGGUGGUAUGUUUAUGGCUACUGGUGGCACGGAUCACAUGAUCAGAGUUUAUUACCUCGGUGCUGAAAGUCCUAUGAAGGUCUCUGAAAUGGACGCUCACACGGAUAAAGUUCUGGUCGUCCAGUUUAGUAAUAACAGUGACAGCCUGAGGUUUGUGAGCGGCAGCCGAGACGGAACAGUCAGGAUCUGGCGACACCAGCAGCAGCAGUGGAAGAGCGUUUCUUUAGACAUGACUGCAAGGCUGCCUGGGAGUACUGUUGCUAACGGGGAUGACAAAGUUAAGCUGGUGGUAACCAUGGUAGCCUGGGAUCACACAGAUAGCACCGUCAUCACGGCGGUGUCGAACUACCUGCUGAAAGUGUGGAGCGCAACAUCUGGACAGCUGCUGCAUGUAUUGUCUGGACAUGAUGACGAGGUGUACGUGCUGGAGGCUCACCCCUUCGACCCCCGCAUCAUGCUGUCCGCCGGCCACGAUGGCAACAUUUACAUCUGGGACCUGAGGAAAGGAGUCAAGAUCCGCAAUUUCUUUAACAUGAUUGAGGGCCAGGGCCACGGUGCUAUUUUUGACUGCAAGUUCUCAUCUGAUGGGCAGCAUUUUGCCUGCACCGACUCUCACGGACAUUUACUCGUUUUUGGCUUCGGCUGCAGCACACCAUAUGAAAAGAUUCCUGAUCAGAUGUUCUUCCACACGGACUACCGGCCUCUUAUCCGUGACUCCAAUAACUUUGUUCUGGAUGAGCAGACGCAGCAGGCUACCCACCUCAUGCCUCCACCCUUCCUUGUGGACGUCGAUGGGAAUCCCCAUCCUCCUCACUACCAGCGUCUGGUCCCAGGAAGAGAGAACUGCAAGGAGGAUCAGCUAAUACCUCAGCUGGGAUACAUGGCUAACAGUGAUGGAGAGUUGGUUGAGCAGGUUCUUGGCCAGCAAACAGCAGAAAAUGGUGAAAGCCUGUUGGACAGUCUCAUCAGACAGCUGCAGAACGAGCAGGACGAGCGUGACAAUUCAGAACAACCGCCUGAAGGGGAGGCGGCUGCAGAAGCAGAGGUGGUUCCCUCCUCUCCAGCUGUCGAGCCACGCAGAGGCGGGCAGGUGGACAGAGUCUGGCAGAUGCAGCAUAAUUCUCUUCGCAGUCAAGUGGCCACCGAGCGGGACCUGCUGGCCUGGAGCCGCAGAGUGGUGGUUAACGAGGUGCCGCAGGGGACGUUCAGAAUUUUGGAGGAAUGCAGACAAGCAAAAGCCGACUUGGAAUGUUCUCUUUAUAAUGCCGAGAGGAGGAAGAAACCACAUACCUUCUUCACACCUAAGAGCAAUAUUCUGGCCACCCGGCUGCGUUCCCUGCGGCCCACCAAGAAAAAGCAGCAGCGCCACACCUACCAGACCCGCUCGGCUCAGGUCCGCCGGCCCGGAACGAGGAGUCGGAAUCCCAGCAACAGACGUAACUCUGAAAGCCAGGUGGACUCGGACAGCGGAGAUGCAGCAGAACGGGCGGAGCGGUCUGACGCCUCCUCUGACGGUGAGACUCGGUGGCAAAGUGAAAGCAGCUCCAGUGACUCGUCCAGUGAGUACUCCGAUUGGACGGCUGAUGCCGGGAUCAACCUGCAGCCACCAAAGCGAUCUACCAGGAGGCCCAUCCAGCCUGCGGGUUACAGCAGCUCUGAGGAAGAAGAGGGAGGCAACGAGAACAAGGAGGCCCAGAAGAGAGAAGACGAGACGAAGAAGAAAAAAUCCAAAGAGACCAAACGGAAACCCACGUCUUCUCUGGCUGGUCUUAACGCGGAGGAGUGGCAGCCACCUCCAUGGAUAAUGGAGACCGUCCCACACCGCUCUCCUUUUGUGCCACAAAUGGGAGACGAGCUCAUUUACUUCAAACAGGGCCAUCAGGCCUAUAUGAGGGCUGUUCGCAGAGCCAAGGCCUACAGCAUCAACCCCCAGAAGCAGCCGUGGAACAGACUCAACCUCAGGGACCAGGAAUCUGUGAAGGUGGUUGGAAUCAAAUAUGAAAUAGGACCCCCUACCCUCUGCUGCCUAAAGCUGGCUUUUUUGGACCCAGUUUCAGGGAAAAUGACCAACGAGUCCUUCUCCUUAAAGUAUCACGAUAUGCCCGACGUCAUCGAUUUUCUGGUCCUGCAGCAGUUUUACAACGAGGCUAAAGAGCGAAACUGGCAGCCAGGAAUGAGGUUUCGCAGCAUUAUUGAUGACGCCUGGUGGUUCGGAUCCGUGGAGGAUCAGGAGCCCCUGCAGCCAGAGUACCCAGACAGCCUCUUUCAGUGCUACGCAGUAAAGUGGGAUAACGGUGAGCGGGAAAAAAUGAGUCCAUGGGACAUGGAGCCUAUUCCAGAGGAAGCUGCUCUGCCAGAACACGUUGGUGAUGGCGUGGACGUGACCGAGGAGGAGCUCACAGCUCUGCUCUACAGGCCUCAGGAGGGAGAGUGGGGGGCUCACACACGAGAUGAAGACUGUGAAAGAGUUAUCCUCGGCAUCGAUCAGCUCCUCACACUCGAUGUGGCCAAGCCGUUUGCCUCCCCGGUGAACCUCCAGGAGUACCCCCUGUACUGCACCGCCGUGGCCUACCCCACUGACCUCAGCACCAUCCACAAACGUCUGGAGAAUCGCUUUUACAGGCGGAUCUCUGCAUUAAUGUGGGAGGUGCGUUACAUCGAACACAAUGCUCGCACUUUCAACGAGCCCCAAAGCCCAAUUGUAGCAGCUGCCAAGGUGGUCACUGACGUUCUUCUCCACUUCAUUGGAGACCAGAGCUGCACCGACAUCCUGGACCUGUAUCAGAAGCUGAAGUCUGAGGUCAGCAGUGGAGGAGAGGCUGAGAUUGACAUAGAUGUGGACUCUGACACUCCGGGGACAUCAUCAGGACAUCGGGGGACCAACUCUAAGUCGAAGAAGCGAGAUGUGGCUUUGGACUCAAAAGCUUGGCAGGGUCAGUGUCGAGAGCUGCUGCGUCGGAUGUUCACCUCCCCAGAUUCUGUACCAUUCAGACGGCCCGUGGAUCUGUUUGAGUAUCCGGACUAUCGGGACAUCAUUGACACUCCCAUGGAUCUGGGCACCGUGUCUGAGACUCUUGCGGCAGGGAACUACGAAAACCCGAUGGAGUUCGCCAAAGAUGUCCGCCUCAUUUUCAGCAACUCCAGAGCUUACACGCCAAACAAGAAAUCACAGAUCUACUCGAUGACUCUCAGCUUGUCGGCCUUCUUCGAAAAGCAUAUCAUCUUCUUAAUCGCAGACCACAAAUCUGCUGUUCAGAACGAACGACGGUCUCAUCAGAGACUUACCUACAGGAACAGAUUGCACAACGGGGGCAGCUCCCCACCAAAUAGUCCAUUACCCAGUUCUAGAAGGAAGCACAAUUUAAGGAAGCUCAAAAAAUCCCAGACCUCAAUGAAGAGACGUUCUCAGAGAACAUGUCGAGCUCAGCAGAGCAACAGUGUAGCAGAAGAAGAUGAAACCCCACCUUCUUCACCCAGUUCAGAGGACGACAAGGAGGGGAGCAAUGAAGAGCCCCAUCCGGUGCCCCGCAGCCAAGGAAGUGCUGUGAAAAAAUCAGGCCACCGUCGUAGCUUACAUCUCAGUACCGGCUCCAGACAGCAGCUCGUGAAAGAAACGCUGCAGUCCUACGAUGACCAGGAGGCGUCUGGUUCCAACAGCUCCUCUUCGGAGUCUUCCACUUCAUCAUCGAGUUCUUCCUCCUCUUCGUCGGACAGCGGGAGCAGUUCUGAUUCGGAGGCGGAGGAGUACGUGGAGGGGGGAGACCACGACUACAGCAAAGCUCCCUGUUUGAAGAUGCACCACUCGAUGAAGGAAACGAUGGCGGCCUUAGGAAAGAGGACGCACACAGGAGGACAGGAGGUGGCGCAGAGCCCUAAAAAAGCUCGACUGCAGCAGCCGUUGAAGAAAGAGGAGGAGUCAGAGGAGGAGGAGGAGUCAGAGGAGGAGGAGUCAGAGGAGGAGGAGGAAGAGGAGCCACAGCAACAGGUGAAUGUAAGACAAGUAACGGAAGAGGAAGAUGACGAGGAAGAGGAGGAUGAAGAGGAGCCCGAGGAGGAGGAGCCGGAGCCGGAGCCUGAGGAAGAGGUCCAGGCGAGGCCAGCAGCAGCUUGCAGUCCGAGAGGAAACCGGUGCAAACCUGGACGCGUCAACACGCGAAACCAGGGCCGCAGGACAGUCGUGUACCAGGACGAGUCGGAAGAGGACGGGUCGAAGGACGACCCCCUCAACCUGGGCAUGUCCCGCUCAGGGCGGGUCCGACGUAUGACCGAGAAGGCCCGCGUCAGCCACCUCAUGGGCUGGGGUCACUGACAUGCCCACCACCCACCCCACCCCUCAGACCUCAAUUAAAAAACUUUUAAACAUGACAU